AUGGCCACGAGGCGAAGAGCGAGUGUGGUCACCUCACUUUGGAACCGCACUCAGCAGCACAACGUCUCUAUCAGCACAUCACACACAUUCCAUUCCUCUCCUUCCAAUAGAGAUUCGAUAUCCCUCCGUCACCCCGACGGUUCAUUCGAGGAUCUUGGUCGCGUCGAAGGUGACUCCAGCUAUAUCGAAACGAUAAAACGACUCUCGUCGCGCACUGCUUGCCAUCCUAGCCCCCCCCCCUACUCUUCAAUGGAAGAUAUGUGGAACGACACACCGCGACAAGCCUGGCGCUCUUUCCGUAAAAAGAUCGGUCUAGCAACAUCUCUUGACGCGCAAACCAUGAGCGCGCUAGUCAAGAAGCUCCUUUCCCUGAACAACUCCGCCUCUGUUCCAUACGUCGUAAUCAGCUACCCGGCAAUUGCGGCCCUAUACAAACAAGAUAUCAACGACAUGGCGGAGUGCUUGGGUCUUCCGAAACUAACGGGCCUUUACAGAGACCAUCCGGUGGAGAUCUAUGCCGCUUAUGUGGGACACGGGCUGGGAGUGUGCGAGCACAUUGAGGAUGGGGAUCGAUAUAAGGAGGAGGGUAAGCGACUACCGGUUCACGAAACACUGCUGGUUGAAUAUACCGAUCAGGCUGUCCUGCUGUAUACAAGGUCUUUACGGACGGCUGUGGAUGUGGAUAGGGGGUCUGAUGAUCCUCAUACAAUAGCUUCUUUUGAAUUAUGUGCUAAUUCACGGGUUGAUGAAUAUUUGUCGCGUGUCAGGGAAUUUGCUCAUCGGUUCUUGGGCUCUUGGUACUCCAAAUGGCUCAUUCCUGAUACGCUCUUGGUUAUCAUGACGGGGAUCGCGGAUGAGGCUAUAGAAGAGGCUGUUCGAGAGGCCGCGGGGAGAGUUGUACCAAAGGUCCGAGUACUUUCGUCCAAGUCUGAGUUUGUUGCAUCUAGGGGAUCUACGGAACUUACCUGGAGAGUCACUGGUAUGGAACUUUCUUGA